CUCCCCGGGGCGGGGAUCGCCGGUACAUCGUCAUGGCAGCCCCGCCGCCGGCGUGCUGAGUCCUCCGGUGGCCCGGCAGCCCUUGCGCGCCGUGUCUGUGGCCGCCCCGGUCCCCAAGCACGCCCCUUUUUGCGACGCGCGGAGGAUGGCGGAACUGGAGCUGGGGCAGCACUGUGGGGUACCGGAUUGCCACCAACUCGAUUUUCUCCCCUUUGUAUGUGAUGGCUGUUCAGGUGUCUUUUGCCUUCAGCACAGAAGCCGGGAUGCUCAUGGUUGUUCUGAGGUGAAUAUAAGAAAACCUGCUGUGAAACCAGAUCAGCACAGAUCUUACCCGUGCUCAUACAAGGACUGCAAUGGAAGGGAGCUGGUGCCAGUUUUAUGUCCCUGUUGUGAAAAACAUUUUUGCCUCAGGCAUCGGCACCCAUCAGACCACGAGUGUGAGAAACUGGACACCCCAAAACCUCGAAUGACUGCCACCCAGCAGCUAGUUAAAGACAUUAUAGAUUCUAAAACAAAUGAGGAAGCAAAAUGCAAAAAACGGAAAGGAGCCAAAAACAGUGAGACAGCAGCGAAAGUGGCGUUAAUGAAACUGAAAAUGCAUGCCUGUGGAGACAAGUCCUUGCCUCAGACAGAAAGAAUUUACUUUCAAGUAUUUUUACCAAAGGGGAACAAAGAGAAAAGCAAGCCCAUGUUCUUUUGCAGCAAGUGGAGUAUUGGCAAAGUAGUAGAUUUUGCAGCUUCCUUAGCAAGCCUUAAAAAUGACAACAACAAAUCAACAUCCCAGAAAUUGAGAUUGUGCCAUAGUGCUUCUGGAGCAGCCUUGCCAUUUGAGCACACACUGGAAACCUGGCUGUCUGAUAAGGACUAUCCAUUGUACAAUGGUGGAAAUAUCAUUCUGGAGUACCUUGAUAAUGACGUUCUCCUUAUAGAAGAUACAGAGUCAUACUUCAGUUAAACAGGAAAUUACCACAAACCAAAGAAAGUAUUUUUUUAGAUGCCUGAUAUUUAAACCAAGUCCAGUUUUGUGUUAAAAUCAUUGAUGUGCCAGAAUCUGACCUCAGCUGUAAAGACACAGUGCCCAUCAAUUUCUUAGUUGCUUGAGUGACAGAAAAGAUAAUUAGUUAUUAUAUAACUAAUUACAGAUACUCACUUCCUCAAAUCAAUGCUUUAUUCUGCUGGUUAAUGUCAAUAAUGUUUUAUGGAAGUUUAUUUUUGUGUAAAUGAUGAAAAAAAGUAUGUAUUAAAAUCAAUAAAUAAUGAAAGUGUAAACUUGUGUCAGUUACCUGAAUUCAGCACUGUCCAGGCCCCAGAUCUACAUUUUCUUCUCAUAAUAGAAAAGACCUUUAAGAUCAUUAGUUCCAACCAGUCUAUUUAUCUACCAAGGCUGGUGCUAAACCAUGUCCCUCAGCACCACAUCUCUGCCUCUUUUCAACACC